AGGAACCCAGAGGUGGGUUGCAAAGCAACCCACCGAGGGGUCAUGUCUAUGAAACUUAAUAAGUUCAAUUAUUAUACAGUGAAAUGGCAAAUUGAAUAAUAUUUAUAAAUAUAGUCAGUAAUAGAACUUCUAAAUGUAAUAAUAUAAGUAACUUAUAUCUUUAUUAGUUGAGGUUACCUUGCUUAAAUGGCUGUACGCCAAAAAUAUUUAUUCUAUGAUACAAGCAGCUAAAAUAAUUGGAACAGGUAUGGCUACUACUGGUUUAAUCGGUGCUGGUGUAGGUAUCGGUGUUGUUUUCGGUGCAUUAAUAUUAGGUGUUGCUAGAAAUCCUUCAUUAAGAGGACAAUUAUUCUCAUAUGCUAUUUUAGGGUUCGCUUUUGCUGAAGCAACUGGAUUAUUCGCAUUAAUGAUGGCUUUCUUAUUAUUAUACAUUGCUUAAUAAUAUUAAACUAAGUCAAUUUAUAUUAAUUUAAGAUAUUUAGAUAUAUAAAAUAAUAUAUAUAUCUCCUCCGUGGGUAGCGUAGCUCCCACGUCAGGGUUCAUAAUCCCCAGACGCGGUGCGGAACGCACCGCGGAGGGGAUAUACCUAAUAAUAUAUAGGUAUUAGGUUAACAUUAUAAUAUGGUUUAUUUGGUUAUAUUGUUAAUUUAAAGAUAUAAUAAGAUAAAAAAAAAUAUAAGGUUUUAAUAAUAAU